AUGGAUGAGGGAAAACAUAAAUCGAGAAAAGAAGAUGGUGAUUCUAAGAGGAGUCAUCGUGAUCGAGAUCGCGAGAGAACGGGUGAAAGAGGCAAGGAUAAGGAUAGAAGUGAUGGUAGGCAUAAGGAUAAUAGGGAGAAGAGGGAUCGGGAAUCGCGAAGACAUGAUAGAGAGAAGAGUACUGAUUCUGAUGAUAAGCAUGAUAGAGAGAGGGAGAAGCGGAGGGAUGUUAAAGAGAAGGAUAAGGCACGGGUUCAUGAUGUUGAUAGGGAAAAAGUGAGGGAUAGGAAGAGGGAAAGGGAUAGGGAAGAGAAAGAAAAGGAGAGAGUGAGGGAGAAAGAAAGAGAAAGAGAAGAGAAAGAAAAAGAGAGAGUGAGGGAGAGGGAAGAGAAGGAAAAGGAGAGAGUAAGGGAGAAAGAAAGAGAAAGAGAAAGAAAGGAGGAUAAGGAGAGGAUUAGAGAGAAAGAAAGGGUAAGGGAAAGGCGGGAUCAUGAGAGAGAGAAGGAAAAGGAAAAGGAAAAGGAAAGAGAUAAAGGGAGGAGAGGACGAGAGAGGGAGAAGCAUAGAGAUGUUGAUAGUGAAAACAGUGAUGGUGAGUUGAGAGAGAGAAAUCGGAAGCGACAUAAGAAAGAAGACGAGGAUUAUAAAGGGAAAGAGAAGGAAAAAAGUUCUAGCAAAUCAAACAGGAAAAUUGAGGGACUUGAUGCAAGCCCUAGAAGAAAGAGUGACGGGGAUGACUCGGAUUCUAAAGACAGAGAAAAAAAACUGACCCGUGAGGAGGAGAUGGAAGAUGAACAAAGGAGGUUGGAUGAUGAAAUGGAAAAGCGGAGGAGAAGAGUUCAAGAGUGGCAAGAGUUAAGGAGGAAGAAGGAAGAGGCGGAAAGAGAAAAGCAAGGUGAAGCAAGUGCUGCUGAACUUGAGUCUGGAAAGGCAUGGACACUUGAAGGGGAGGAAUCUGAUGAUGAAGAAGGAACAGGUAAACAUACUGCUAUGGAUGUAGACGAAGACGACAAACCUGCUGAUAAGGAACCUAUGGAGUCGAUGGUGGUAGAUGUUGACAAUGGAACAGUUGCGCCUGAUUUACAAAAUGGAGAUACUGGUGCUCCUUCAGACGAGGAAAUAGACCCAUUGGAUGCUUUUAUGAAUUCUAUGGUUCUUCCUGAGGUUGAAAAGCUGAACAAUGCUGUUAACUCAACACCUUCUGAUAAAACUUCUGACUUGAAACCCAAAGAUAAAGGGGGCGACCGUAGUAAUGGCGGACAGUCAAGGAAAGGUUCAAGUAAAUCUAUUGGCAGGAUAAUUCCUGGCGAAGAGUCCGACUCAGAUUAUGCAGAUCCUGAAACUGACGGGGAUCCAGUAGAAGAAGAUGAUGACGAGUUCAUGAAAAGAGUGAAGAAAACGAAAGUUGAAAAACUUUCGAUAGUUGACCACUCAAAGAUUGACUAUAUACCAUUCAAAAAGAAUUUCUAUAUUGAAGUGAAGGAGGUCUCAAAAAUGUCUCUUGAAGAAGUUGCAUUAUACAGGAAGCAGUUAGAGUUGAAGAUACAUGGAAAGGAUGUGCCCAAGCCUGUAAAGUCAUGGAACCAGACUGGACUUACAAGCAAAAUUUUGGAUACAAUAAAGAAGGCGAACUUUGAAAAGCCAAUGCCUAUUCAAGCUCAGGCGUUGCCUGUAAUUAUGAGUGGCCGAGAUUGCAUAGGCAUUGCCAAAACCGGGUCAGGUAAAACACUCGCUUUUGUUCUGCCAAUGUUGAGGCAUAUCAAGGAUCAGCCACCAGUUCUUGCAGGAGAUGGACCUAUUGGGCUUAUUAUGGCCCCUACAAGAGAACUUGUUCAACAGAUUCACAGUGAUAUAAAGAAGUUUACAAAGGUAAUGGGUAUCAGGUGUGUCCCUGUCUAUGGAGGCUCUGGUGUCGCUCAACAAAUCAGUGAGUUGAAACGUGGUACUGAGAUAGUGGUUUGUACUCCAGGUAGGAUGAUUGACAUACUAUGCACCAGUAGUGGAAAAAUAACUAACCUGCGCAGAGUCACCUAUUUGGUCAUGGAUGAGGCAGAUCGAAUGUUUGACAUGGGCUUUGAACCUCAAAUCACAAGAAUUGUUCAGAAUAUUCGACCAGAUCGUCAAACAGUUCUCUUCUCUGCUACUUUCCCCCGGCAGGUUGAAAUUUUAGCUCGCAAGGUUUUGAAUAAACCUGUUGAAAUGCAAGUUGGUGGGAGGAGUGUUGUGAACAAAGAUAUUGCACAGUUAGUUGAAGUGAGGCCAGAAAAUGAGAGGUUUCUAAGACUCUUGGAACUACUUGGAGAAUGGUACGAGAAAGGAAAGAUUUUGAUAUUUGUCCACUCACAAGAGAAAUGUGAUGCAUUGUUCAAGGAUCUACUCAGGCACGGUUAUCCUUGUCUUUCUCUUCAUGGAGCUAAGGAUCAAACAGACCGUGAAUCCACAAUAUCUGAUUUUAAAAGCAAUGUUUGCAAUUUGUUGGUUGCGACAAGUAUUGCUGCCAGGGGAUUAGAUGUCAAGGAGCUAGAAUUGGUGAUCAAUUUUGAUGUUCCAAACCACUAUGAAGAUUACGUACAUCGUGUUGGGCGCACUGGUCGUGCUGGCCGGAAAGGUUGUGCCAUCACAUUUAUUUCCGAGGAAGAUGCAAGAUAUGCACCGGAUCUGGUGAAAGCUUUGGAGCUAUCUGAGCAGAUUGUUCCCGAUGAUCUGAAAUCCCUUGCCGAUGGCUUUAUGGUGAAAGUGACUCAAGGACUGGAGCAAGCCCACGGGACUGGUUAUGGAGGCAGUGGCUUUAAAUUUAAUGAAGAAGAAGACGAGGUAAGGAAAGCAGCAAAGAAAGCUCAAGCCAAAGAAUAUGGAUUUGAAGAAGACAAGUCAGAUUCUGAAGAUGAAGAUGACGGUAUUAGGAAGGCAGGAGGUGAUAUCUCACAGCACCCUGCUCUUGCUCAGAUUAUUGCUGCGACAAAAGCAAAUGCUCCCUCAAUGCCUACUCCCAUCUCUGCAACCCAAUUGAUUUCAAAUGGUGGGCUACCUGUUUCUUUGCCAUCUGUUCUUGGUCUCCAGACUGCAACAGUCUUGCCUGGAACAGGGCUACCCCUUGCUACAAAUGAUGGGGCCGCUCGAGCUGCACUAGCUGCUAUAAACCUGCAGCACAACUUGGCUAAAAUACAAUCUGAAGCAUUGCCAGAGCAUUAUGAGGCUGAGCUGGAAAUAAAUGAUUUCCCGCAGAAUGCUCGCUGGAAAGUCACACACAAGGAAACUUUAGGCCCCAUUUCGGAAUGGACUGGAGCUGCCAUUACCACUAGGGGACAAUAUUUCCCACCUGGCAAAGUCGCAGGACCCGGGGAUCGUAAACUCUAUUUGUUCAUUGAAGGUCCUAGUGAGCAGUCGGUUAAGAGAGCCAAAGUAGAAUUGAAGCGUGUUUUGGAAGACAUCACUAAUCAGGCUUUGCAACUACCUGGUGGAACUCAACCAGGCAAAUACUCUGUUGUAUAA